UAAAAAAUCUUAAUGGUGACUGGGAUGCGGUCGCCGGAGCCGGGCAUCUAGCCUACCAUUCCCGCUCGUAUGCCCCACCGCCGAGAGGGACCACUCACUGUUUUCUCCACAAACACCAAAGAUGACAGCACCAUCAAACCUAACCCCUGCAGCGCCACAGGAGCAGCGCUUUUUGGUGUUGUUCGACUUUGAUGAGACCAUCAUCAAUGAGAGCAGCGAUGAUGCUGUGGUGUGUGCUCUGCCGGACCAGCGGCUGCCUGAUUGGCUGAAAAACAGCUACAGGGAGGGGCAUUAUAACGAGCACAUGCAGAAGGUCUUGGCUUACAUGGCAGAGCAGGGUGUGUCUAAGGACUCCAUCCAUUCAGCAGUGGAGAAGAUCCCACCAACUCCCGGCCUCCUGAACCUCCUCCAGUAUCUGCAGAACCACCAGCAGGAUUAUGAGUUAGUAGUUGUGUCUGAUGCCAACAUGUACUUCAUCGAGACGUGGCUGGAGCAUGCUGGGGUGCGUCACCUUUUUCGGAAGAUUUUCACAAACCCGGCCAGUUUUGAUGCGACUGGACGGCUUGUGCUGCUCCCUUUCCACUCCCACUCGUGUCCCUGUUGUCCCGACAACAUGUGCAAGCAGGUUAUCCUUCGGGAGUAUCUGGCAGGCCGGCAAAAGGAGCGUGGUGGUGCAGCCUUCCAGAGGGUAUUCUAUAUCGGAGAUGGGGCCAAUGACAUCUGUCCCUCUCUGGCUCUGGGUCCCAGGGACACAGCCUUCCCCAGGAGGGACUUCCCCAUGCAUAGGCUGCUGCAGGGCAUGCAGCAGUCCCAGGCAGCCAAGUUAAAGGCAAACGUAGUUCCCUGGGUCAGCGGUGAGGAUAUUGUGGACUGCCUCAAGAAAAUAAUGAAGGAGAGAUGAGAUG